AUGGCGGCCCCUUUAGAUCGCUUCCCUCCCACGACAGCCGCGUACGUGAUCGCGACGGCCAUUAUCGCCGGCAUCACGGGAUAUUUCAUCGGCCAAGGUGCCUCGCUGGGCCUGUUCAGAGAGAAGCAGGGCUGGCCCAACGGCUACGAUGUCAAGGUCCACAAGGACUCCUCCGACGAGGAGGAGGACAACGAAGACUCCGAGGACUACGAAAGCGACUCGGAGGAAGAAGGCAAUGGCGAAGAGCUGUCCAACUUCAAGGACAACGCCGAGGAAGUGAAGCUGGUGCUGGUUGUGCGGACGGACUUGGGCAUGACCAAGGGCAAAAUUGCCGCCCAGUGCUCCCACGCUACCCUCGCCUGCUACAAAUAUUUCCUCGCGCACUCGCCUGACUCCCCCAUUCUGCGCCGCUGGGAGCGCGGUGGCCAGGCAAAGAUUGCGCUGCAGAUCAAGGCUGAGGACGAGCUGCUGCUGCUUCAGGCCCAGGCUAUGAGCCUCGGGCUCUGCGCGCGCGUUAUUCAGGACGCUGGGCGCACUCAGAUCGCGAGUGGCAGCCGCACGGUGCUGGGCGUCUUGGGACCAAAGAGCGUUGUCGACGGUGUGACUGGUCACUUGAAGCUGCUGUAA